GCAGCGGCCGGCCCAUGGAGCUGCUGAGCCCCUGCCCCGCGGCGCCCUCGGGCUGGGCGCUGCCGCUGCUGCUCGCCCUGGGCGCCGGGCUCAGCCACGCCACCCCGCACCUGCGGUACUCCCGGCCGGGCUCCCGCAGCAAGAACUGGUGCGCCUACAUAGUGAACAGGAACGUGAGCUGCUCGGUGCUGGACGGGACGGAGAGCUACGGUCCAGGCCCCAGUACAAGUGCGCCUGGAAUGAGUUUCCCUGCCGGCCGACCCCGGUGUAAGUAAGCCGAGGAGGCGACCCUGGGAGGGGAAGCGCUUGGUGGCCCGAAGCCCUCCCAAGCGAGAGCCCCGUGGGCCCCGUGGGAGAGCGGUGGCUGCGCUCCAGGGGCUCGCUGCACCCCAAAACAGGCCGGACGGCGCGUACCGCUCUCUGGUCCCUGGUCCACAGGCACACGCCCCGAACAAAGCGCUCGCUUUUAUUGCAAACAUAAGGCUGCCGGAGCUAAUUAGAGCCAGAUUGAGUACGCUGA